AUGAUCGAAUCUACUGAUAAGAUUAAAAAUAAUAGUAAUCAAGCUUAUUUCUAUUGGUAUUUGGUCUUUUUUUCAAACAAAACAGGCACAUUAUAUAAACAAACAAUGGAGAAAAUGAAUACAGUACUCAAUAAUAUGAGUAACAGUAGAUACUUUAAUGAUACUUCUACCAAUGUAAAAUUGACUGAAAUCAAGAAACAAUUGGAUGGUCCCUCUGAUAAAGAUAAAUUGGAAUGUAUGAAAAAGUUAAUUGCUAUGAUUUCAAAAGGUAGAGAUGUUUCAGAGGUAUUCCCACAGGUAGUAAAGAAUGUUAUUGCAAAGAAUUUGGAGUUGAAAAAGUUGGUCUAUAUGUACUUGGUUCACUAUGCAGAGUCGGAGCACGAGAGUGCACUGCUGGCGAUCAACACCUUCCAAAAGUCACUGGUUGACAAGAGUCAAGUGAUUCGUGCGAGUGCAUUGCGUGUGAUGUCGUCGAUUCGUGUAGUCGAUAUCAUUCAGCUACUCAACGACAACAGCACAAUGGUACUCGGUGCUGCCAUGAUGGCAUUCGUCGAAGUCUGUCCAGACCGUUACGAUAUUCUCCACCAACACUACCGUAAGAUCUGCCAACUUCUCGCCGACUUUGACGAGUGGUCACAAACCGUAACCAUCGGUGUAUUAACCAAAUAUGCAAGAACUCAAUUCAAAUGUCCUGAUUCAACAAUUAAUGAUAAGAAUGUUAAACAAUACAAGAAAAAGACAUCAUUUUAUUCUGAUGAAGAAGAUGACGAUAGUAAUGAGAAUCAAUUGCAGUCACCAAAGUCAAAGUUGUACGACUCUAUGGAUGCAGAGGAAAUCGAUAUCGACCACAGAUUACUUUUGAAAUCCUGUCUUCCAUUACUUCAGAGUAGAAGCAAUGCUGUCGUAAUGGCAGUAUCUUCACUCUACUAUUACAUUGCACCUGUAAUUGAAGCACAGAAAGUAGGAAAGUCACUUGUCCGUUUACUUCGUUCUUCCCCAGAGGUUCAAUACAUCACACUCACCAACAUCUCUACCAUGGUAACAAUGAGACCAAAUAUGUUUGAACCAUAUUUAUCUGAAUUCUUUAUACACUCUACAGAUCCAGAGUAUAGUAUCAAGUUAAAGUUGGAGAUUCUUACACGUUUGGCAACUGGAGAGAAUAUCAGUAGAAUUCUCAAGGAGUUCAAAGAGUAUGUGAGAAAUGAGGACAAAAAGUUUGCUGCUGAGACUAUUCAAGCUAUCGGACGUUGUGCUGCCACUAUUCCCGAUGUGACAGAGUCUUGUACCUAUGGUUUGAUGUCGUUGCUCUCCAACUCAUCGCAGGUGGUAGUUGCCGAAGCCGUCAUUGUUUUGAAACGUUUGUUGCAGUUGAAUGCCGACAAUUCAAACUCGUCGAUCAAGCACGAGAAUGUUAUUAUGCAUCUCGCCAAGCUGUUGGAGACUCUCGAGGUGCCAUCGGCACGUGCCUCCAUCAUCUGGGUCAUCGGUGAAUACUCUCACAAGAUCCCAAUGGUAGCACCCGAUGUACUCAGAAAGCUCGCCAAGUCAUUCGCCGACGAAGACGAAAGCGUCAAACUCCAGAUCCUCAACCUCGGUGCCAAGCUUCACUUCCACAACCCCGAGCAAACCAAGCUACUCUUCCAAUAUAUUAUCAACCAAGCCAAGUUUGACAUGAACUAUGACAUCAGAGACAGUGCCAGAAUGAUGAAACUACUCUUGAUCAGCACCGAAAAGAAUCCAUCACUCUCUGGACAUGCCAAAUCUAUAUUUAUUAAUCAAAAACCAUUCCCAACUGAAAUUAGUAUCUCUGAAGAUCGUAAAAGAUUUAUUUUAGGUAGUUUUUCACAUAUUGUAAAUCAUUCAGUAUCAGGUUAUCAACCAUUAUCAGAUUUCCCAGAGGUUCCACCUGAUCCCACCGUUAGACAACCAAAACAAUGGGUACCAGAAGUUAAAAAUAAUAUAUUUUUGCGUGAGGAAAGCUUUUACAGUGACGAAGAGGAAGAAGAUGAAGAUGAAGACGAAGAGUUUGAUGGUGCUUCUGAAGAAGAAGAUGAUGAUGAUGAAGACUCUCAAGAUGAAUUGGAGAAAUUCUUUAGUGACUCGUCAGAUAGCUCAACUCCAAAGAAAGCAAAUGGUAAAUCUAAUAAGAAAUCAAAGAAAUCAAAGAAACAAGUAAAACAACAAGAGGAUAAUGAAUUCGAUGAAGAUAUGGACGAUAUGGAUGAAUUGUUUGGUGUCGCUGAAGAGAUGGAAAAGUUGGAGAUUAGCUCGCCAACAACUACCUCUGUAAAGAAAGUGUUGCUCAAGGCAAACGUCAGCCAAGGUCUGCUCAUUGAAUAUUGCUUCCUUCGUCAACUUCCAGAGGGCAUUGAAAAUGAAUCACCGUCCUCUGUUUGCAUUCAACUCCUUCUCAAGAACCAAUCAACCGAACAGACUUUUGAAAAUAUCAAGAUUGGAAACAAGACGUUGAUUGACGGUGCCGAUAUCAAGGAUUUCGAUGAAAUUGCAUCGUUGGAGCCAGGUGCAACCACAGAAGCACUCUUAUUUGUAACAUUUAACUCUCUCUCCCAAGCUUGUAAAUUUGAGAUUAGUACCUCUAUUGGAAACUUCCCGGUUGCUCUGACACCAAUUAUAGGUGAAAUGGUUUCACCUUUGGAAGUGGACGUUGAAGAGUGGAAGGGAUGCUUCAAUGCGCUAGAAUCAAAAUCUGUGAGUGAUCAUGUUGAAAUUGGUGAGAAACUGUUGGGCGGUGGUCAGCAACAACUUGGCAAUGCAGUUUUAAUGCUCUUAUUAGAAAAUAUCAACCUCCAAGCAACAAGCGCUAACCAAAAUAAGACCAAAAUUCAAUUUGCAGCAAAAACAAUCAUUAAAUCUGCUGAUCUUUUUAUCAACAUUGAGCUUGUUGAGAGCAACCAAGUUGUUGUUACCAUUAGAUCUUCGGAUACGUUGACCGCCACUUUACUAUUGAAAAAACAAUUGGAAUUAUUGACCAGAUAA